AUGCGAGCGCAUCUGCAAUCCAACCCCAUCAUUAUCGAAAUCGACGGUAUCGAGCACAGAUUUUCCUCCAUCGAUCGCAGCAAGGAUAUCCCGAACUCAAAAAAGAGCUUCAACCAAGUCAUAAACUUGAUGGAGACACCAGAGGACUGGGCCAACUUGGGCGCCUUGCUUGCAGGAUACAAGAAGGCUGGCGUGAAGCUCCAUAAUCAGCACUGGGGUAAGAUUGUCCGCCGCGCUGAGAAGACGGGCAACAUCUACACGGUGAUUGAGUGCGCAAAACAGGGAGAAAAGACUGGGAUGAGACUGCAGACCCACGAGAUGGUUGUGCGACUCCUGGCCGCCAUCAAUAACAAGAUUGUUCACGGUGGUCACGCUGGCACUGCACAAGCCGUAAGAUGGAUGGAGGUGACUCUCGACCUGCUACAUAGCCCUGACCAGGCGAUGCACAAAGACGUAUUCGCAGAUAACAAGGUUCACGCAUCGCGGCUGGCGCGUGGCCUCGUUUUGUUCACGCGGGCCUCGGCUGUCUCCGCGAAGCAGGCCGCAGGAGAGGAUGCUACUUCUGAGCUGACUCUGCUAAAGGACGAGAUUGAACUCGUCAAGACGCUGUGGAAGGACGUCGACCUCGGGAAUCUCGAUGCUAUCUCUGAAUUCGCGGUCCUGAACCCCGAUGUUGUGAAGAAGAAGACGGGUUUGAAGAAGAAUUUGAACGGCUCCGCAUUUGUCAGUGUCAUCGCUCAGAACAUGAAGGCCAUCUCUCUGGCCCGCGAACUGGCACCGACCGAGGCUCAAGGACUUGACGCUGUUGAGAGUGCCCUGGGGAAUCAUCUCGGACAACAUGCUACGAUAGCUAAGCGCCGCGACGAACGCUGGGCUGAAGUUUUUGAGAAAAUCACAGGCGUCGCGCCGUCUUGGCCAGCAAUUUCGUUGGAAGCGGCAGAUACUGCUGGAGCUGUGGAGGCUUGA